UAACAAAUAAUAAUAAUUCGAAGAAGAAAGAACAAAAAAAAGCCUCCUUUUUUCCAGUUUCUAUCAAUCGAUUCUCCGCGGCCAAUGCAAUCGAAAUUCGAUUCUGGGCUUCUCCUUUGAUACGUAAAGGCUCUCUCUUUUCAUCUGUUGGUGUGAUCAUGGGCGCUAAUAUCUCAGGCGUUACGCCGGAGUUUGACCGGAGCAGUGAACCCAGAUUAUCUGAUUUGCCGGAGAAUUGUGUAGCGUUGAUCAUGAUGGAGCUUGACCCGCCGGAGAUUUGUCGGCUCGCUCGUCUCAGCAGGGUGUUCCGUCGCGCGUCGUCAGCUGAUUUCAUAUGGGAGCCGAAGCUGCCUCCGAGUUAUCGAGCUAUCGCGCGGAAGGUGUUCGAUGAAAUUACUCGGAGGAAGUUGUUGAAGAAGGAUUUGUACGCGAAGCUCUGUAGGCCCAAUCUCUUCGACGGUGGCACAAAGGAGCUGUGGAUUGAUAAGAACACUGGUCGUCUUUGUGUAUCGAUUUCUUCAAAGGCGUUAAGGAUUACGGGAAUUGAUGAUCGGAGAUACUGGAGUCAUAUCCCAACCGAUGAAUCCAGGUUCCACUCAGUUGCGUAUGUUCAACAGAUAUGGUGGUUUGAAGUAGGAGGAGAGUUUGAGAUCCAGUUUCCAUCUGGAACGUACAGUCUCUUCUUCCGUAUCCAGCUCGGUAAAACAUCAAAGAGACUUGGACGGAGAAUCUGCAACUCCGACCACAUCCACGGAUGGGACAUUAAACCUGUUAGGUUCCAGCUCGCAACUUCAGACAACCAACAAGCUGUUUCGCUGCGUUAUCUGAACAACAACCCCGGACACUGGAGUCACUAUCACGUCGGGGAUUUCAAAGUGGUAAAUCCAGAUGUAUCAACAGGAGUCAAGUUCUCGAUGACUCAGAUUGAUUGCACUCACACGAAAGGUGGCCUGUGCAUAGACUCUGUUCUUAUAGUACCUAAAGAAAAUGCAAGAAAGGUCGUUGAAUCAGAAUAGUUAAUUUUUUGUAGAUAUAGAGUGAGAUUGUUGUAAAUGGUGAGAAGAAUCUUUUUUUUUUUUUUUCAUUGAUCUGGAACUUGUACACAUGGUUUGGUUGUCUCUGGUUUUGUCUGUAGUUACAGUGAUUGUAAGAGACUUAAGGUAUUGAACUUGAACAUUGAAGAA